UCUGGAAACUCCUUAGGUGUGUUGAAUGGGGUGAGCCUGGGAGGUUCAGCUAACUGGCGGCUGGGGAGGAAGGAGUUAAACGGUGCUGCUGUCAUCUGAGCUAGGCCUCAGAUUACCAGCUGGUCCAGGUUCUGCUGGUUAGAAGGUGGAGGUGAGCCUGCCCCUGGGCCUCUGGCUGUCUCAGGCCUGCUCCCAGCUAUGGCCCUGCCUCCACCUCUGGGGCCUAGACCCCCCUCAGAGCCCCUCAACCACCCCCCUGGAGCCCCCAGGGAGCCGGACAUUGGUGGAUUCACCCUCUGCCCCGCUUCUGAGGAGAGACUCAGACCAGACCAGGCCCAAAAACUGGGGCAAGACUCCUUGGACCCUCCCCAACACCUCCAGGGUGGGUUGGGGGGCACUGAGCCUGCUGCUGGUCCCCUCAGAUUGCCAGCACCCACUUCCAGUGAGGACGCAGCAGCGGCCAAACACUGUGAGCACCUCAGCUCUGGCCAGGAGGUAUUGGAGGCUGAGCAGGACAGCCUAGCCCUAUGCCUGUUGGGGCUGGGCCUCCGGCUGCGGGACCUGGAGCGAGGCCUGGGGCCCUGGGCAUCAGCCCAGAGUAGGAUGGGCCAGCUGCAGGCACUCCAGGCAGACCUGCGUGGGGCAGCUGAACGCAUAGAUGCCCUCCUGGCGUUUGGUGAGGGGCUGGCACAGCGGAGUGAACCUCAGGCCCGGGCAUCCCUGGAGCAGGUCCUGAGAGCCCUCAGAGCCCACCGAAGCAGCAUCUUUCGGCGACUGUGGUGGCUGCAGGCCCAGCUGGUCAGCUCUAGCCUGGUAUGGCCUGCCCUGGCAGUCCCCGCCCCAGGUACCGAUUCCACAGCCCCCAUAACUCUGUCUUCUGACCAGGUAUUUGAGGAGGCCAGCCCACUGGAUCAGGACUUGGAAGUCGAGGGGGACUUGGAUGGGCCAGGACCUGGUGGGAUCUGGGGGCCCUGGACACCCAGUAGCUACCCCACUCCCGCAGAGUUGGAGUGGGACCCGGCAGGGGAUGUUGGAGGCCUCAGGCCCUUGUGGCAAAAGACAGCCUGGACACCAGGAGCUCCCUGUGAGCUGUGUGGUCACAGAGGCCCCCAGGGCAGGGGACAAGGCCUUGAGUUCUCCCAAGGACCCCACACCUCAGUUUCCCCACAAGACAUGCUCAUGUCGGGCUUCAGCCACUGGAAACACUUGGCAGGUCAACGAAGACGUUCCCUGCUCCGGAAGUCUCAGGACAAGAAGCGAGCAUCUCCCAAUCUCCAGGGCGUGAUGUUGGAGGUAGACCCUGGAGCCCCUCCUCCUGCAUCCGGGCACUCGCUGAUCCUCCUCCUCCUCCUCCUCUUCCUUCUCCUGGUGGGUGCCACGUUGCUCCUGCCACCAUCAGGGGGGUCUUGCUGCUCUUCUGCCCGACUGGCCGGGACACCUUACCUGGUGCUCAGCUAUGUCAAUGGUCCUCCUCCAAUCUGAGUACGUAGCCCAGAUAACAUGUAAUAAACAGUCACUGUCAAA